CCGAGCAAACAUAUUCUCCGCGGUCAACAACUUCUUCGCUGAUUCGCCGCUGGUGAAUCAGCUCAAGGGCAUCAUGACGAGACAAACCAGCAGUGGUGGCGGUGAGCCGGGUCCUCCGGACGAGGCCUCUCGCCCCGCCAGCCGGGGCCCUCCUUCCGUAGCCCUGAGCCACUCUGAGAGCCAGCUGUCUCAGCGAUCAGUAUCGCCCGUACGCGUCCAACGGCAGGUGACGUUCCUCAAGCCGGCCGCCGACACCAACCUCGACAGGAAGGCGUCUGUCGUGGAUGAGACCAGCGGCAUUACAAGGACCCAGAUGAAAGAAUUUCGCGAGGCGUUCCGUCUGUUCGACAAAGAUGGCGACGGUACCAUCACCAAGGAGGAGCUGGGCCGGGUGAUGCGCAGCCUGGGACAGUUCGCGCGUGUCGAAGAGCUUCAGGAUAUGCUGCAAGAAGUGGAUAGCGAUGGUGACGGCAACGUAAGCUUCGAGGAAUUCGUCAGCAUCCUCUCCAAGUCCAUGUCCGUGGGGAGCGGCGCCAGCUCCGCUGAGCAGGAGGAACGCGAGCUACGCGACGCCUUCCGUGUGUUCGACAAGCAUAAUCGAGGGUACAUCUGCGCGUCUGAUCUGCGAGCGGUGCUGCAGUGUCUUGGGGAAGACCUUUCUGAGGAGGAGAUUGAAGACAUGAUAAAAGAAGUGGAUUCAGAUGGAGAUGGCCGCAUUGAUUUUCUAGAAUUCGUCCGAGCGCUUGGCGAGCCGGAGGACGCAUGUGACGAAGAGGACGAAGAUGACGUCAUUGACACCGAGAUCGCGCUGCCGAGGCCUGUCGUUGCCAAUUAAAUCGAUCAAGUAAACCAACUACUAAGAGUAUGCGUUUUGUGUUUGUGUUUUGUCUCUGUCGCACUUGACUACGACACUUGAGUGCGACAGAGACAAAACAAAAAGUUGCUCGUGCGCGCAUACCCUAUAGGUGACAGUCCAUUUCCAACGACAGCAGCACUACCAUUCAUUUUAUAAUGGAAAUUGACAAUAACAUCGACGCGUUUGUACUAGUAGUGCAGCUGCGGUCAGAAAUGGAAUGUUACCUUAAGGGUAACAUAAGGGUAAUAACAUAACUUAUUGUCAAUUUCCAUAGUAAAAUGAAUGACAAGGCAAUGAAUGACAGUAACGUCGCAACAGUAGUGCAGGUGUCGUUGGAAAUGGAGUGUCACCUUUACUGGACAGUCGCCAUCGGAGUCGCCAGUGUUCUCACAAAUGUCUUAUUAUCAAGAUGUUAGGUCGCGGGCGGAUCGGCCAUUGGUCUGUAGCUAUCAGUGGCGGAUUUGCCCUAAGGCCCGGUAGGCCCGGGCCUAGAGCAGCAAGAUAUUAGGGGCGGCAGCAUAGAGAAAUAUAGGUAAGACAAGAGUGCUCACUCCAUACAUCGGCUUUGGUACCAAAAAUAUUAAUAUUUUCAUAGUCGACAUCUAGCAUCGAGUAGCGGUAUCAGUACCGCUACUUGAUACUAGAUGUCUCUCGAGUGGCGACCCCCGAAAAUUGUAUUAAACAACAAUUAACAACCAAUAUUAGAAGCAGAGGAGAAAAUAGAGUUCCGGUGUUAAUCCUUUUAUAAUAUUAGCUGAAAAUUGUUGAGCAUUAGACUUUUCGGUCGCCGCUACAUCUAUUGUCAAGUAGUAGUACUGAUAAUUCCGCUACUCGAUGCUAGAUGUCGACUAUGAAAAUACUAAUAUUUUUGGUACCAAAACUGAUGUAUGGAGUGAGCACUCUUGUCUUACUAUAUUUCUCUAUGGCGGCAGCAAGGUGGUAGUCUAUAGAUGGGUGCUGAGAAAGGGUCGGCUAGUAGUUGCCACAGAGCCUGGGGCCUAGGGCGGCCAACUAUGCAAAUCCGCCACUUAUAGCAUACCUACAGUCAUCGCAGUCGAUGUAUAGGAUGUAGACUACCUCCUCAAAAUACCUUCUUUAGUCGCUGCAACUAUCAUCUGCAAUGCUGUGGCCAAUGAUGAUGAUGAUGGUUGUUGAGGGCCAAUGAUGGUCGCGGACUGGACGCACGCGCCGCGUGCCGCAAAAUUCAGGUUCAGUCAACGGCGACUGGACAAUUUAUUGGUUUAAAGAAGAGUUGAAAUUAGAGAUGCACCGGAUAUUCGGUUACUAUCCGGUAUCCGGCCUAUCCGGCCAUAAUUUUAAUAUUCGGCCGGAUACCGGAUAGUGACCUACUAUCCGGCCGGAUACCGGAUAGUGACCUACUAUCCGGCCGGAUACCGGAUAGGAAAAUUGCUUGAUUUCGGAGUAAACUAACUGGAUAUAAGAAACAGAGUCUUAAUCAUAAUCGUACUUGUUUAUUAUUUUAAAACAAUUUAAACAUUCCACUGACUUGCACGCGCACUCAUUUCGAACCUAGAAAUGUGUCCGCGAACGUUCACUAGGAAACAGGUCAAACCUGCAGAAUGAUUAUCCGGUAUCCGGCCAAACAACUAUCCGUUGCAUCUCUAGUUGAAAUCACUACAUAAGUCGUAUAAGUUUCGAACUCAAGAUGUAUAUUGUAGAGAUGGGCCGAAUACGGACUUUGCCGAAUACGAUUAUUCGGUUCAGCUCAUACCGAACCGAAUAUUCGGUCGAAUAUUGCGCGCUACCACGCGGCUAGUGCUUUCGUGAAAAGUUUUGCCCUUCAAACUCGAAUUUUCUGAUGAAAAUAUCUUAACUUACAGCGUGGCAAAAAAGAGUUGAAAUUGAAAAGUGGCAACACUGUAGUCCCGUCCCUUUCGAACCAAUAAAUAUACGAAAACGGGACGACACAACAGUGUUGCCACUUUUUAAUUUCUACUCUUUUUUUGCCAAGCUGUAGGUACCAUCACGCUCCGCGAAUGUUGCGCCAUUUAGGGGUCCCAGCUAAAUUGGUUGUUCAAUAGGUACUUACGCUAUAGAAUUUCCAAUUUAGCAAGAACCCUAAAUGGCAUAGCAAUCCCGUGUGGUGACUGUACCUCCUAAUAAUAAAUUUAUAAUCUUUGCCUAUUUACAAUUAUAAAUACAUCAAUUUUACGAUUUUAAAUAUUGCGCAUGUAUAUAUAGCUUAAAUUCGUGGUUUAAUAUUACGUUCUCCAUCCUGUAUUAAAUAAUGUAAUCAGAGUGAGAUAGCUUGUAACAAGCAUAGAUAUGAACAUUGUAGUAUUACCAAGUAUUACUAACAUAUCUUAUAUAAUCGUAUGUACGAGUGUGUAUCUUCGAGGAGAAUGGAGUCGCUUAACUUCAAACUCGGGUAAAUCCAUCUGUCCGAUUAUGCGAUUUUGGUAUUAAGAAAACGUAAUAGGGUAGAUAUUUGCUGAGAGGGUCCAAUGGAUUUACCCGAGUUUGAAGUUAAGCGACACAAGUGACCUAAAAAAUAAGAUAAUUAUACUUACAGUACCUAUACAGGCUGUGUCUGAUCAUAGGGCUUUAAAUCCAGGGCUCGAUUCUACUCGCUAAACUGAGCUACUUUUAUUAUGGCACCAUCACCGAAAUCCGGAAAAAAAUAUACUUUUUCAUACAUUUUGGCUGGAUAGAUGUCGACGUUUUCUAUGGAAAAGCCAAAAAAAAUUCCCCGAAUUCAGGGUUGGUCCCAUAGUAAAAGUAGCUCAGUUUAGCGAGUAAAAUCAAGCCCUGGAUUUAAAGCCCCAUGGUCAGAUACACCAUGUAUACCUACAAUUCGCUUGUCCUCGAAAUUUCUUGAACAAUUCAAAUUUCCUUAAUACCUACUAAAACAUAUCUUAACAGGGAUUAAUCUACUUUCAAAAUAACUCGUAUUUUUAAAGAACUGGAUUUAUGAAUUAUCUUAAACACCAACAGCUGAGAGAGCCUAGAAAACUAUUUAUUAGGUACAACUUAGCCAUUUACAGUUAAAGGACAGAAGUUAAUACGUGGAUUUAAAAUUUCCCCUGCCUGUCAUAAACAGCUCGGCAGGGGUGAGCCAUUUUGACGUCACUUAUGACAAGUGUAGAUAUUAAUAUAGAUACACCUUAGAAAGAAAUAUUAAAAUAAAACUUUAAUAAUUAUAAUUUAAGUAAAAUGACAAUGCCUUAGUACAAAUGAACUUUAAUAGUAGCAUAUGGACAGGGCCGGA